UUCCCUUCAUUCAUAAAUUUUACUACUUUGGUCUAAGAGAAGAAUUACAAGAUGACUUCAGCAAUUAACGCUUGGAGUGUGGCAGCCAGUGUUGGAGUUGUGGAGGUCUUGAAAGACCAGGGAAUCUGCAGGUGGAACCAUGCUUUAAGGUCAAUUCAACGGCAUGUCAAGAGCCAUGUCGGGUCAUUCUCUCAGACAAAGAAACUUUCUUCUUCUUCGGCUAUGGUCUUUACAAGACUAAAACAUGAGAAGGCAAUACAGUCAGAGGAGUCUUUGAGAACGGUUAUGUACUUAAGCUGUUGGGGUCCCGACUAGAUAACAUAAGGAACGCCAAUAAGUAAAUAAAUACUACUUUUCUUUCAAUUCAAGGAAUCAAGCUUUGUCACAAGUCACAAGUGAAGAUGAGGGUUGAGAUUUCUGGGGUCAUAAGCGUGUAUAGUAAUGAAACAAUUGUUGCCUUUGUGACAAUUAUGUAAAUUUUGAUAAAGAUAGUGUUCACUGUAUAGCAUAUUACCAAAUUUUAUCUGUGUUAUUUAGUUUUUUUCUUCAACUUCCAUAUGCCCAAUUCUUCCUAUGAGGGUUAAAAAUCACCAGUUUAUGUUAAAA